GUACGAGUGUCGCCAAACACAACCUAUUCGGGGAUGAAAGAGAUCAAGCACGAGUAUCAGAAGAAUUCAUGAUGGGUCCGAGUCCCAAGAGCCGCUAUAUCUCGUUCUGUAGAUCCUACAUUGCGGAGAUUGCCGAAUUUCCCUGUCGAUAUCUGACGAAAUAAUGAAACCAGAUCGACAACGUGCAAGUCUGAUCUGUUUCUAUCCAAUUUUGAUCCUGUGAAAUAUACGAAAGUGUAAGGCUAUCAAUCCAGUUUUCCUAAUCAACAUGACUCUUCCAACAGAGAAUCAUCAAUGGGUGUCAUCACAAAAUGGUCUGGAGCAUCUGUGUAGGACAACACAACCUGUCCCGACGCCUGGCAAAAAUGAAGUGCUCGUCGAGAUCCAAACUGUCUCUCUUAACUAUCGUGACACAGAAGUGGCCAUGGGUCUUUACAAUCACCACAAAUCUGUUGGUGCAACUUCCUUACUUGUUCCCUGCUCCGAUAUGUGCGGUAUAGUAGUCGCCAUCGGCGAAGGCACUCAAUCCAGCCCGUGGUCCGUUGGGGACCGAGUCCUCUCAACAUUCAACCAGACGCAUCUCACAGGACAGAUUACUGCGAAAGAGAUGGCUUUCGGACUUGGGUUACCUCUAGAGGGAGUUCUACAGACACAUCGCGUAUUCCCGAUUACAGGCCUAGUAAAAGCCCCUGCCUACCUAAAUGACGAAGAAGCCUCUACAUUACCCAUUGCUGGGGUUACGGCAUGGAUGUCCAUCAACGGCAUGAGGCCAUUGGGUCAUCCUGGUGGCAAAGAUGAGACGGUCCUACUUCAAGGAACUGGCGGGGUCUCGAUCAGUGGCCUACAGAUUGCACACGCCGCUGGUGCAGAAACUAUCAUAACAUCUUCCUCGGACGCAAAACUGGAACGGGCCAAGUCGCUCGGUGCAACUCAUAUCAUCAAUUAUAAGACAGAUCCCGAAUGGCAGGAUACAGUCAUGCGACUCACCAAUGACCACGGCGUAGCCAUCAUUCUCGAAGCUGGAGGUGCUCAGACAUUACGCAAGUCGUUCAACUGCAUAGCGUUCGGCGGUCUCAUCAAUGCCAUUGGCUACCUAUCCGGCAAGGAGGACGAUCCAGGUGAUCGCUUGAAUGCCAACGUCCUAGCAUUGAGGCGGAACGUUACCUUGAAGGGCAUUCUGAACGGACCCAGGGAUCGGUUCGAGGAGAUGCUACAAUUCUAUGACCAACACAAGAUUAAACCGGUCGUCGACCGAGUGUUUCCGUUUGACCAAGCGAAAGAAGCUUUCAAGUAUCUUUACAGUGGCGGUCAUUUCGGCAAAGUAGUCAUCAGGGUCAAACAAUGAACACCUAUAGAAUUAAUUGAAAUUUAC